AUGAUUAACGCUAUCUCAUCUCCACUUCCACCAUAUACUGCUGUUGACCCGUCGCUGAAGGACGUUGGAGCACCACACGAACCACCAUGUUCAGAUACGCAACAAGGCCCAGGUGAAAUCGAGGCAACUACUGCUUCUAAACACCCACCUACUGCAACGGCUACUGUUGCUGGUGCUGGUGCUGCUGGUGCUGACAGCACUGUUGCAACUUUAGUCAACGAUUUUGACAAGAUCGAUGUCUCGCACCCUGACUCUACUUCGGAGUCUGAGUCAAAGUCAUCGGCCAAGCCGCAACGCCAAGUGUCUUGCUCGUAUUGCACGAAAGAACGGAAAUUGGUAAUGAGCAGCUCUCGCCCUGCUCACGUCUUUGGCGUUUACGUCAGCGAGGAUUCGAGACUAAAAUACGAGCAGUCCUUGAAAAGCAAAGACGACGCCUUGAGGACGUUGCAGCAGAAUGGAAUCGGUAUUCCCGUGUUGAAAGGAGUAUUCAAUACGAAAAUUGACGACCCCUUGUUUAUGACUUUUUGGAAGUAUUACCCCCCGGAGUUUGGUUCGUUUGAUUUCCAAAAGGACUACAAGACUUUCUGCACUGUCAAGAGGUACAACAGACCAUCAUACGACUGCUAUGUUUUCGAGUUUACUCCCGAUAUCAGUUCACCCGAGCUGAAUUUUUCAAUUACAAUGUUUAGCCACUGCGUGCGCCCAAUAAAUGACUACAUAUACAACGGGGAGAGGACCCGCUGGGUGGAUGAGUCGAAAAACUCGAGUACUAGUGAUUUCAAGCGUCGGAGGUUCCUGUUUAGCUCCAAGAUACAACACGAAUUCAAGCAUACAUUGCUUCUGCCACUUCAGCCAGCAUUGACUGACGACUGGGACGGCUCGAGUACCAAGUUGGAGGUCCGUUCGCCGAGCAGCUUAAUGAAAGUGGCCUUGGGUCUAUCGGCCAAGUCGCCGGGUGAAUACUAUGGAAAUGGCGUAUUUGGAAAAUGCACAAAGGAAGCAAAGAAGCCAGCUGUACUCAAGCUACGGGACAGCUGCACGCGCAAAGAUAUGCAUUUGGAAUGCGUUGUAUCGGUGGGGAUCGACGCUCUAGUCUCCGCCUGUAUUGUGAAAGUUUUACUCACGAGCAAGUCCUACAUCGACAACGACAAGAAAAGACAAUACCAACUACAGAAUCCCAACUCAUUUGCUGCUUAA